AGUAAUGGAUUAAAGUAAAUAUGGACGCCAGAGAGGAAAACGAUGUGGACAUAAACACGAAAUGUCAACGUACGUCAAAAGAGGUUUCGAUAAAUAAAGUAAGAAAUAUUACGGACGUAAAUUUUGAAAAUAACUUGCCUUGUUCAGCACAACAAAAUGAAAUAAGUGUGAGAGAUUCCAACGAAGAAAAGCAUGAAAACACAGAAUCACUGCCAUGUUCUCAAGCUUCUUUUAAAAUACCAAAUACCUUACCUGCUGUCAAAAAAGAAGCUAGCUAUAAAGAAGAAAACAAUGAAUUGAAAAAAGAAAACGUCCCUGAACUAAAAUACAAGGAACCUUGGUGGAGUGCGUUACCUAAAGCAGAGGAAGAUUUUAGUUUUGAAGUUUUAAAAAACGGUUGUAUUAUUGCUACAUUAAGUUUAAAGGAAAAAAAUUAUCAUGUUAUUGGACGUUUGCCUUCAUGUGAUGUAGUUCUAGAACAUCCAUCAAUAUCACGUUAUCAUGCCAUUGUACAGUACAGGGGUGGGACAGAUGGGAAUGAAACGUUGAGUGGAUUGUACUUGUAUGAUCUUGGAAGUACCCAUGGAACCAUAGUCAACAAGAAUAAGAUCAAAGCAAAGACUUACUAUCGUCUUAAAGAUGGAUUUGUCAUCAAGUUUGGUGGAAGUUCACGUCUUUUCAUUUUUCAAGGUCCUCAAGAUAAUGAACCAGAAACUGAAGUGACUGAUGUUUCCUUAGUAAGUUCAGAAAAUGAAACAAAAAUAAAAGUUGGUCAAAUAUUUACGGAUGAAGAAUAUGCAAGCUUAAAGAAAGUUGAAAAAAAACCUGAAGAAAGUGAAGGCAUUGAUUGGGGAUUUGGUGAAGAUGCAGAAGAAGAGCAGAUUGAUUCCGAAAAAUUUCAAGAGUUAUAUUCUGGUGUUGAAUUCAAAGAUCCUAAAAAGACUCUGAGGGGUUAUUAUGAGAGAGAAGGUUUUGAUCUUGAAUAUCAUGUUGAUGAGACAGGACCUGGCCAUGCUAGAGUGUAUCAUUGUAGAGUAAGGCUACCUGUAGAUGGUCCCAAUGGAUCAGCAGUUUAUGCAGAAGCAUCUAUCACAGGUCGUAAACGUGAUGCUGUAAGAGAAUGCGCUAAUGAGGCAUGUAAAAUGUUGGAUGCUUAUGGAUUGCUGAGACAGUCAUCACAUGAGAGCCGCAAGAAAAGAGAACGAAAUCUCGAGGAAGACGAUUUCUACGAAAGUGACGAAGAUAAUUUUCUUGAUAGAACUGGCACAAUUGAAAAGAAAAGAUUGAAACGAAUGCGAAAAGCUGGAAAAGAAAAGUAUGAAGUAGAUACUCACGAAUCUCUUUUAACAAAACUUACAGAAGUUCAAAAUGAAAUCCAAGUUUUACAGAAAAGAAUACAAGAUGCCGAAGCUUUGGAAAAGUGUGCUGAAGGCGAUAGCUUGGAAAAUUUUAUGAGCACAAUGUCGAAGCGCAUGGACAAAGAAACUAAAAUGAAACUAAAGAGAAAAACAAUAGAAUUAAGAAAGGAAGAGGAAAAAAUACAAAAACUUGUUUAUUUGACUAGACCAGCUGAUCUUCCAUCUUUGUCAAGUUCGAAAGAAAAGGUUGAGAUCAAUACAUCACAAACGGUAGAACCAAUAAUCAGUAAAGAGUCAUCCGUGGAAAACGGUGACAAUAAGAAAGGUUUAUCGGUAGAGAACAAUGAUGAAAUUAAGGAAAAACUAGAGGAAAACAUGAAGACAUUCGACGAACAAUUGAAGGAUGAAAAAAAGUCUGAAAAACUAAAAAGCGAACAAAAAACGGGAUUUUUCACAAGCUUUGCUGUACCUAAAUCUACUGUACGAGACACGAAAAUAUCUACAACUUCUUCGUUGAAUAAAGAGAAAAUUGUUAAAAGUGAUGAAAAAGUUGAAACAUCACAUAAUCGUGAAAUCUUUAAAGGAAAUAAUAAGUUGCUUCGUGGCACAUCAUCGUCGAGAAAUAAAUCUUCCAUUGAACCAAAAUCCACUAUUAUAGAUGAAAAAUGUAAAAAUACAGUCACAACAAAUGAAAACAAGCAAUAUACGACAGCUAAACAAUGGGAAGAUGCAAAUGAUCCAAAUUUUGCUGACUGGCUUCCACCUAAUGAUCAAUGUGGUGAUGGAAGGACGAAACUUAAUGAAAAGUAUGGUUAUUAAUUUCACUGCACAAGAAGCUAGAGUUGCUAACUUUCAUAUUGUUAAAUAAAACUUUUGAACAUGUGGUGGAUGGAAAUCAGUAAUGUAAUUUCAGGCUGCUUAAGUAUCGGCGCUGAAAGACAUGGAUAAAAUAAUCUGUAAAUAACUGUGUCUGUUUUGUACUAUGCUUCAUUGCAUUGUUGAUUACACAGGAUUUAGUUGUAAAUUGAUGAAAAUCUUAAACAGAAAACUAGAUUUCUAAAUGUUUCAAACCUUUUUUA